UAACAUGGGAAUGGUUGGUGAUAUUAAAAUCCUGUUUGUGGCACAUUAGUACAUGUGAGGGGGCAAACUCCUCAAGAGGGGUGGUGACCAUGAUGGCUAUUUAGAAGUCGGCCUUCUUGGAUACAACUUUUGUUUUUUCAAUAGGAAGAGGGCCAAGAGGGAUGUGACACAUCAAACUUACUGGUAAUGUCACAAGAAAAACAAUGGUGUGCUUGGUUUCAACGUAACUUUAUAUACUUUAUAGUGACAUAUCAAUGGCCCACCCUGUAUAUUAAGUAAUCCAAAGUAUUCAGAAUACGUUACUCUCACUGAGUAUCGGAACGGAAUACAUUACGAAAUACAUUUUGGGGCAUGUAUUCUGUAAUCUGUAGUGGAAUACUAUGAUCGAAUACCUUCCCAACACUGUGCAUGAGUGGUUCUUUCUUUUGCCCCAGUCUUGUUUGCUCCUCGUGUAGUUCCUCCACAUUAGCAGGGCUUUCUGUAAUGUAUCUAACUUUGCUUUUCAGUGUCAUAAAGCUGUUGAAUUUUACUUGAAAUACAGCACGGCAGUUGGAAAGUUGGAUCACCUGAUUCUAACUUGCACAUUUUCUAACCCCCUAUCUUCUACCACUGAUAGUGGUCUACAGUGCAGAGCAAUCCAUUUUGGGAGAGAAUUUGUGAGUUUGUCUGAUGUUGACUUACUAAUUUUGAUCCUGAAAUCAGUCAUUUCCUCAAGUUUGGGCUGCCAAACUGGGACUGCUAGCUCUAACAGCUCCCACAGUUUGCUGUGCUCGCUGCAACAUGUUUUGCAUUUAGAUGGUACCGUAAGGUUGAACUGCUUCAGUGGUAUGCAAACUCCUUUUUGCACAGUUUGCACAAAACCAUGCUUUUAUCAAGGCUUCCGUCGGGUUGUCUUUUAAAAUAAAAUUUUCCUCAAAUCAGUCCUAGCAACGUGCUGUCAUCUGAUUCUUCUAGCUCUAUACUUCAAAAACUCAAUAACGUCUGGUGCCCCUUGUGUGUAGCAGCCGGUUACAGCAGCUCUGCUCAUUUCUGAGCUUCUUCCUUAUUAUCCUCUUUACUUCUCUUAACCUUUAGUUUAGUAUUAGCAAUUAGAUUCUGCCAUCAUGCACUACCGUUUCAUGCUAGUUCUGGUCAUUUUCUCUUUAUCUUUUUCCCCUUUUUUCACCGCUUUUGGAAACCCGGCGCACAGCUCCUUUGUUUAUGUUAGGGAUCUGCUGUUAGCGCUGUGCCCUGCAGCUGCAGCUGUGCUAACGGCAGACAGACCCGACAUAUUCAGUGAGCUGAGGUGGAUGAGACGGGGGAGUCGUGCUGAGAGGGAGCAUUGUCGCCCAAGAAGGAGACGCUACAAACCAUCUCUCCCUUCUGUGAUCAUGGGAAAUGUGAGAUCGUUAGGUAAUAAGAUGGAAGAGCUAUCGAUGCUAACCCAGUCACAGAUGCUACACUGCCAGGAGUACCGGCAGUGUAGCAUCAUGAUGCUAACAGAGUCCUGGCUAACACUGCUAACUGCGGAGACGAGUGUGGAGCUCCAGCUGCUGCAGGCGGACAAGACAAGAGAGAGUGGUAAGAGGAAAGGAGGGGGACUGGCAGUGUUUGUGAAUGGCAGAUGGUGUAACUCUGGGCACAUCACUGUGAAAGGACAAGUCUGCAGCACAGACAUUGAGCUGUUAGUUGUAGCAUGCACCCAUAAACCUGCCCAGGGAAAUCUAGCAUGUUAUCGCAGUCAGCAGACUGCAAAUGCCAUCUCUGAGAGCCCAUUUUUAAAUAUCAGGGGACUAUAAUCAUGUAUCACUGGACUCCGCACUGCCCACCUUCACCCAGAAUGUGCCAUGCCCCACCAGAGACAGUGAAACAUUGCACUUACUGUAUGAGAAUGCAAAAGAGACAUACAGUUCAUCACCUCUCCCGCCCCUGGGAAGAUAUGAUCACAACUUGGUGCACCUUGUUCCUGAGCCAUUAGUGCACAGGGAGGCACCAAUCACAUGAGGUGGUCGGAGGAGAGCUCUUAAGUACUGUUUUGAGUCUGCUGUGUGGGAGGUGCUUUGUGACGACCAAAGAGAGGACAUCGACAGCCUUUUGACCUGCGUCAUGGGCUACAUCAACUUCUGUGUGGAUAACACCGUACCCACCAGGACCGUGCAGUGUUUCUCCAACAACAAACCUUGGAUUGCCCCAGAAAUUAAAGCUCUCCUCAAGUAGAAGAGGAGGGCCUUCAAAGCUGGAGAUAAGGAGGAGCUGAAAAGGGUUCAGAGAGAGCUGAAAGCUCAAAUCAGGAACGGGAAGCUACAGGGACAGCUACAGGCAGAAAAUGGAAAACCAGCUUCAGCAGAAUAAUGUUAAGUCUGGAGAGGCUUAGAACCAUCUCAAGCCACAAAGAUCAGAACUCUCUGCCCAGGGGGAUGUGAGGUGGGCAAAUAAACUGAAUCACUUCUUUAACAGGUUUGACUCAUUCAGGAUGCAGUCUUCAAUAUCGGUUGCAGACACAUCCACCCCCACUGCUGCUUUUCCACCUCUGACACCUCAGAUACUUUACACCUCCUCCACUCAUUUUGCUCACUACUCCCCACCCCCAGUCACAGCAUCCAGUACACAUCCGACACAUGGCUCCAGCCUGUCUUUCUCAACCAUCCAGGUUAGGAGGGAACGGAGGACAAUUAAAGAAGGAAGCGGGUCCUAAUGGCAUCAGCUCAAGGGUUGUCAGGUCCUCUGCAGAUCAACUGUGUGGGGUGAUGGAGUGCAUCUUUAGCCUGAGCCUGAGGCUGGGGAGAGUCCCACAGCUCUCAAAAAACUCUUGUGUGCUACCAGUGCCAAAGAUUCCACGUCCCAAGGACCUCAACAGCUACAGGCCGGUGGCUCUGCCAUCCCACCUGAUGAAGACCCUGGAGCGGUUGGUCCUGGUUCAGCUUCGGCCCCCGGUGAGCUCAUCACUGGACCCACUUCCUACCAGCCUGCAAUUGGAGUGGAUAAUGCCGUCAUUCACCUCGUGCAUCGUUCCCUCUCUCACCUGGAGACCGCCGGGAGCACUGUGAGAAUCAUGUUUUUUGAUUUCUCCAGUGCCUUUAACACUAUUCUUCCCACAGUCCUGAAGGACAAGCUGGAGAACUCAGGAGUGGACCAUCACCUCACAGCAUGGAUACUGGACCACCUCAACAACCAACCACAGUAUGUGAGAACUCAGGGCUGUGUGUCACACAGGGUCGUCUGCAGUACAGGGGCCUCACAGGGAACGGUUCUGGCUCCAUUCCUUUUCACCAUCUAUACUGCAGACUUCUCCCACAAUUCCACCCAGUGCUUCCUGCAGAAGUUCUCUGACGACUCUGCAAUAGUCGGCUUCAUCAUUGAUGGGGACGAUCAGGAGUAUCAGGAUAAUUUUUGAGCUAUCACUGUCUUUUGAUGCUCAUGUCAAGUCAGUGACCCGCUCCGGCUUUUUUCCUCUAAGAAACAUUACCAAGCUCAGUACUAUUGUAUCCACAGGUGUAAUGGAGAUGCUUGUCCAUGCCUUUAUCUCCUCUCGUUUAGAUUACUGUAACGCACUCUUUUCUUUUCUGUCUAAGGCUUCCCUAAAUCGCCUCGAAGCGAUCCACAAUGCCGCAGCAAAGGUUUUAUCCCACAGUCAUAAAUUCUCUCACCCCUGUGUUAAAAUCCUUGCACUGGCUUCUGGUUGAGUAUAGAUAUCAGUUUAAAAUCCUCACUUUUACAUUCAUGUCCCUACAAGGUCUCAAAUCUGGUUCUUUUAUUCUUUUACUGGACAGAGAAAACACGACUCAGUUGGGCAAAAUAUUUAUAAUUAUUUUAUUUAAGCAUUACUUUCCAGAAAGGGAUGUGCAGAAGGCUAAACCCUCCACAGAUCUGAAUCAUUACAAGCCGAAUGCAUAUGAUAUAGUUCUGUUAUACGUCACACACAGUUUUGAUAAAAACAACUCCUGCGCUUCACCCUGCCAAGUUUCACUUCCUGUCUACAUCCUGUACUCUGCAGCUCUCAACAAAACGUCUCAUUCUGAACAGUUUCCUGUGUUGCUCAGUGAUCUAUGACCUCUCACCCACCUUAUGACUUUUCUAAUAUACUGACCUAACUAAAACAAUAUAAACAGCAAAUAAGCACUGAGAAUAUAUAUAUAUUUAUUCUUUAACAAAGGUGAGGCCCCCACUUAUAUCACUGAGCUUCUUCUACCCUACUCUCCAAACCAGAUCAUUAGACACACUGAUAGUGGUCUUCUAACCAUUCCACAGACCCGUUUGAAAAUUGAGGGAUCGCGCUUUUCAAACCUUGGCUCCAAUAUUGUGGAACAGUUUACCUCCACCACUACUUACCAUCAACUCUGUAGCUUCUUUAAAAACCCCCAGCUCAAAACACAUCUGUUUAGACAGGCAUUUAGGUAAUAUUCAUGUGUAGUGUACUGUUUUAUUGGAUAUGCUAUUAUACCCUCUUUAUAGUGUUUUAUUGUUUUGAUAGAUAUGCUUUUAUUCCCAUGUGAAGCACUUUAAAAAGUGCUAUAUAAAUACAUUGUACUUACUAUUUCUUUUUUUAAAUAUUACUGUCAGAGUUUUACCCCUGAUACUGCUGGAUAAAAAGAAGCUCACUCAGGAACGAGGUCACACAGAACUCAAGUUUUCACUCGCGAGAGGGAAGCAGUUGUCUCCAACCCACUUCAACUUGCUUUCCCCCUGCAGUCUUAGGUCUCAGUUGCAGCACCCCAUCCAUGUCUGAUCUUGCUCCGGAACAUUCAGCAAAAACUACCACGGUCUUCCACUCUAAGAAAUGACACACUGAUGUUGUUAGCAUUAUGUAAAUGUUUUAUGUUAAAACUAAUGCCACCAAUUGAUUUUUAACUUUAAACACAAGUAUGUUGUUUUGAAUUUAAUUAACAACACAAUAUUUCAAUACAACAAAAUUCAGUAAAUUAAAUCCAACGUAAAAAGUUCAUUUAAAAUGAAGAGCACUUUAAUUUAAAGAGGAUUGUCCUAAUAGGCUCUCCGUACUUCUGAGUUUGCACAUGUGCAGUGUGGAAGUUUGAUCAUCCGCCAUUUUCAACUGAGACUUGCAUGUGCUUAGUAUCCUGGAUAGAAUCCAUCACCAUCUGAGGAUUAUUUGGUGAGACUUGCCUACUACGACUGAUAGUUUUAAAAUUACUCCCAACAUCUACCGCACCUGCUGCCUGACAUCAGUAAUGACCGCCGGGAGCGCCAGCGAUCCUGUAGUUUGAAGAAUGAAAUGUUGGUUAGCUAGUUCUGUCUCUCAAUAGAUGCAACAAAAGUGGCUCAGAUGUGGUUCUAAGUAUUUGAGGUUUUAAAUGUGGAAGUGCAGACAGUGUGCUGAAAGUGUUUUGACAAGCUCAGCUUUCAGACAUCCAGAAGCUCGAAGUGAAAUCAGGAGCCUUUGACCGCAGGACCAAGGAGGUUCAUCAGUUGCACAUUAAAACCUGUGAGGAAAAAGGGGUAAGCUGCUUUGGUGUAAGGACAGGAUGUGUUUUAACUAAGAGCUUAUCUCACUUUAAUGUGAUAAGUGGAUACCCACCUGACAUUGUCCACGAUCUAUUCGAAGGCAUAGUUCCUGUUGAACUGGCAAAGUGCAUUGCAGUGCUAAUAUCUAAAAAGUUAUUUACUCUUCAACAUCUGAAUAAUCUCAUACUGUCUUUUCCCUACAAAUGUGGGGAUAAAACUAACCGUCCUCAUGUGUUACCCAAAAACCUGCAGCAGAAGCACACAAUUGGUGGGAAUGCACAUGAAAAUUGGUGCCUUCUUCGAUUACUUCCACUAAUUGUUGGAAAACUUGUUCCUAUUGAUGAACCUGCAUGGCAGGUGAUAUUGUAUUUGAAAGAUAUUGCAGAUUUGGUUGUGGCAAAUGUUUAUACUUUAGGAUCUAUUGCAUAUCUGGAAUGCACAAUCUCAGAUCAUCGUAAAUGCUACCAAGCACUCUUUCCUGAUCAAAAGUUGUUGCCAAAGCAUCAUUUUCUGGAGCACUAUCCUGAAAUGAUUAAAUGUUUUGGUCCUCUUGUAUCAUUAUGGACUAUGCGGUUCGAGGCCAAACAUAGCUUUUUUAAGCAGGUUGUUAGGCACAUACAUAAUUUCAGAAAUGUAACAUUUACACUGGCAAACAAGCAUCAGCUAAUGGUUGCUUAUAAUUUGCUUCGCCCUGACAAUGAGAAGUCUUCAUUGGAAGUUUUGCAAACCUCAAGAGUCUCAAUUGAUAUCCUUCAUGAUGAUGUUGUACUCGCUUGUACAGAAGCACCCAGAAAUCUCUGAAAUAAACCUGGCCCAAAGUGUCACUGUCAAUGGUAUCAGAUAUAAAAAGGGUAUGAUAGUUGUACAUGGAUCCUGUGGUGGUCUUCCAGGAUUUUCAGAAAUAAUGCAGUUGUGCAUUAUUAAAGACGAGUUGACUUUUAUUGUUAAAAAACUCAACUCCUAUUAUAGAGAACAUUAUCGAGCCUUUGAGUUGCAUCCAACAAGAGAGUUCGCAGCAGUUGAUCAGAAGGAACUUGCUGACCACUAUCCAUUGGCUGAAUACAAAGUUGGAUCACUACGAAUGGUAACCUUAAAAAGAUUUGUACAUGUUGCUGAAUGAAAACAAGAUGGCUGCAACUUUAAGAAUCAUUCUUGGAGAGGACAACGCAUCGAAAUUAUCUCUUCCCAAUGGGAUACCCAGUUCACUAGAGUACCUCAAGGAAGAAAUUAGAAGGCAGUUUGGUUUGACUGGAAACUUCAGGCUUCAGUACAGAGACAUUGAAUUUGACAACGAGUUUGUGAACUUGACACUGCCUUCAGAAAUCAAGUCCACAGUUAAAGUUGUUUACUUGCCAGUUGAGUCGGAUGAAGUCUCUCUCAAUGCCACACCCCCGGGAUGACUGUUCCACCCCAUGUUCACUAGCUGAUACAGACAUUCUUUCUUCUGCUGAAUCUACCUCCUCAGAUUCUUCACUGAGAUCACAACCAUGGCCCUUGAAAUUCCAAAUACCUGAGUUUAGUUAUGAGGUGCAGUUUCAGUUAGAACAAGGAAACCAAGCCUUCCUUAACAAUGGUACUCUUCUGCAUCCAAGUACCAAACUCAAAUCUGAUAUAUUGCAAAGUUUGGCAUCAGAAAUGGCCAAAUACAAAAUCUAUCCUUCCAGCGCAGAAUUUGAUAAUGUAGCGGAGGCCCUGAUAACAAAAUAUCCAUGCUUAAAGGAGAAAGGUUCAGUCACUGGCUAUUAUGGAUGGAAAAUCAGCCUGAAAUACAAAAUGGCAAACUAUCGAACCAGACUAAGGAACAUCGGCUGCCAAGAGCUGACCAUUAAUUCAGUGAAAGAAAAGCGAAGUGGCAUGGGUCCAGGUCCCAACCAGGUGAAGAAGCCACGGAAGGCAGAAGUCAACUUCUGUCCGGAUUAUCCACCAGGUGAAACUAAAGAGAGCCUUGAGGAAGAAAGGAAAGCUCUUCUACUAGAGGUCAAAAAGAAGAAUAACGAUCAACUAAUAAAAAGAAAAAUGGAAAAAACCUUUGCCUACCGAAGACAGGAAAUCAUCAAAGGCAUGCCAUUCAUUGCAGAGGUCAAAAACAGAUGGCCUGCCCUGUUUUCAGAGACUGAGGUUGUUGCAGAGUUCACCCGCAUCACCAUGGUCCCUUUGUUGUCGACUUUCAUGGCCAAGCUGGACCGCUAUGCUGACCACCUUCUUAGAGUGUUCAAAAAGAAGGGGGGGACAGCUAAACGCAAUAUCAACUUAAUCAUGGCAGCCAUGGAUGGGAAUCCCAGCGUUGAUGUUCGACGGGAAUGCAUUCUGAAAGCUGUCUGUGUCUACUUAAAUGAAAAGCCAGAUGACCUGUUCAAGGAAUUCUUGGAUGUGGAUCUUGGUGCAAGCAGAGAAACGGAGCAGCUGACUUUGGGAGUCUAUGUUGUCAGACAUGAAGGAGCAGACUCUGCAGAUACACCUGAGGACAUUGGUGUCAUCAUAGAAGGAUGCACUGUGCUGCAAGCUCUUAGUGAUAUGGCAAAGGGGUGUGCCCUCCUGCUUGGACUAAUCUACAGUCUAAAUCUGAGCUACCCAAAGCACCUGAAAUACACAUUUGAAUUUCUUCAGAAGGUGCUGAUGGAGUUGGAUGGGAACAACCUAUCCAUGAAGGUGCAGGUUCUGAAAAACAAACUGCUUGAGUGAAACAGCCUGCACUGAACUAUAGAGGACACUGAACUUUAAGGUUCUCGAACCCUUUUCCUUGCACUUCAUAAACUGUUCAGUUUGAAUUGCUGCAAGAACUUCUGCAAGCCUUUCACUUUUCUGCGUUCUUUGUUCUUGAACCUUUACCAACAUCCAACUACACUGAAAAAGACUGCUGCUAACUUUGGACUUCAGUUUAAGUUUUGAAGCAAAGGUUAUUUUUCUAAAUAUGGACAAAAAUGACACUAAAGUCAUUUCUACCCGCUGUUUGUAGGGCUGUAUUGUGGGAUUUUCAUUGUAGCCCAGUCAAGUUUAAAAUAAGUCAUGUUAAUGUUAAAAAUGUUGGAAUCACAACACUUCCCAGUUUUAAUCAUUUAUGUAUCUUGUCUUUCUGCACUUAUAAUGCACUUAAAUAUAUGUAAAGAUUGUUUAUGAAAAAAGAUCUAAAAGCAUUUGAAUUAUUCAAAGUGUUUACACACACGUUUUACACAAAGUGUUAUUAAAGUUAGGUUAACUGAACAAACUUGUGUUCAAUUUAUUUAAUUUACAAACUUAAAUAGAGUAAGUUGCAAUUCUGUUAAAGUGAUUUAAUCCUAUAGUUUCAGUACAGCAUGUUUUGGGUGAGUAGAUUUAUCAGAUGUACUUAAAAUUUCUUGUUCAAAUUAAAUGUAUCAUACAUUUUACAUUUCACUAACCCAGUUGUGUGGAACCGGGUGACAUAACUGGGUGGAGUAAAUACAACAUGUUAUUUCUUAAAGAAAGUAGACCUUGUUUUGGUUGAGUAGGUUUUAUUUAGUCCUCUCAAUUUAAGUCAACAAGGUUAGUUAGAUCAACAUUAUGAUAUUCAGCUAAUACAACAUGAUUCUUUUGAUUUGCAUUUAAUUAUCCAAAUGUUAUCAGAUAUACUUAAAAUUUCUUGUUCAAAUUAAAUGUAUCAUACAUUUUAUAUUUCACUAACCCAGUUGUGUGGAACCGGUUGACAUAACUGGGUGGAGUAAAUACAACAUUUUAUUUCUUAGAGUGUGUAGUCUAUUACAGCUGUUAAAGAAACAGUCCAGGAACAGGUCACUCAGGUUAAUCCUGUGUGAACAACUGUAAAUAUUUUUUUCCCUUCUUUAAAUAUUGUUGGUGUAUUGGAAAUAUUCUUGUUCUAUUGUUAUUGUUAUUUACUUUAUUGUCAUUAAAUAAAUAUCCAUGUAAAUUUGUUCAAAGUUAGCAUUGUUCAUACGUUUCAAAUACCUGUAAAUAAAAUGA